GCCAUAGAUAUAUGGACUUCAGCUACAAACAAGCGGAGCCGGAGCACCUUGUAUGGUCAGCUAACGCUAAGCUAACCAACUUUCUGUCCUCAGUCAGUCUCUUCAUCUGGAUCAGCCAGUCCACUUCAAGUGCGCCUACACAACCUGGGGUUUGACAAUGACCUGACCAAUGGACCACUGCAUUGUUGGCUCAGUCAGAGGGUUACUUUUGGAGGGAGAUGAUGAAUGACAAGCUAGUUUUCCUGGGCCUGUUGUACUUUGUCCAGGGCAUCCCCUAUGGUCUCCAGUCUUCCUUGCUUCCUGUCUAUCUCCGUGGAGCUGGUCAUUCCCUCACCCGCAUCGGUUUUACCAAAAUCCUCUACUUCCCUUGGGUCCUCAAGGUGCUCUGGGCCCCACUGGUGGACCGAGUUGGCACUAAACGUCGAUGGCUAGUGGGGACAGUAUCUGGUCUGGCACUGACAUGUGUUUCCAGUGCUGCCUUGGCCCCAGAGGCACAUAUCUGGGGAGUAGCAGGAACCCUGUUGGCCAUGAACACCCUGGCUUCUGUCCAGGAUAUUGCGGUAGAUGGGGCAGCAGUGGGGUUGUUGAAAGGUCGUGGGGAGCUCGGGUUGGGCAACACAGCCCAAGUCGUUGGCUAUAAAGCCGGGUCUGUGUUCGCAGGAGGAGGGCUGCUGGCUGUAAUUGAUGUGGCUGGAUGGAGCUGGAUGUUUAUGCUGCUGACGUUUGUGUAUGCAGGUGUAGCUCUUUUUGUGUGGGGGGCCCCUGUACUGGAUGAGGAGACUGUGAGGGGCCAACAAGCAGAUGGCAGCAAGAGGGGAGGACAGGGAGCAGAUGCCAUGAAGCCAUGGAGAGUAUGGAGGAAGCUGCUGGCAGUGCCUGGCACCCCUUGGACAGUCCUGUAUGUGCUCACGUACAAACUGGGUGAGCAGGGUGCAGUGACCAUGUUUCCCCUUUUCCUGUUGGAUCAUCACAUGACUGCCAGGGAGCUGGGCUUCUGGAAUGGCGUCAUCGCCAUGGGAUUUUCCAUCUGUGGGUCGUCCCUCGGAGGCCUGCUGCUCGCUCAGUUCAGUAUCGGGGCUCUGAUGAGACGUGUGUUUGUUUUGAGAACCAUCAGCAUGGUCUUCCAGAGCUCUCUUCUCACUGUGCUGGAACCAUCACCACUCAUGAAAGGUAUGGCUGUCCUGAGCAUGAGCAUUCAACACUUCCUGGGUGGUCUUAUCACCACUCUCACUUUCACUACCAUGAUGCAUUGCACUCAAAGGGCUGAGGAAAGCAUUCAGGCGACCCACUACAGUUUCCUGGCGACUCUGGAGGUGCUGGGAAAGCUGACAUUCAGCGCCCUGGCUGGAGGUGUAGUGGAUUGGUUUGGUUUCCAAGUUGCCUUCCUCUUCUUCCUCACCCUCUCCGCUGGGACGGCCCUGCAUGUGUGGACGGCUACCUUCACUGGUGCUCUCAGGGAACACCAGCUCAAAGAACAGCCUAAGUGACAUCCAGAUCAGGUGUUGGGUUUUCGUACGAGGCGUCUGCAGGUGCUGACAAAGUCUUAAAAUAUGUAAAAUUUGAGAACUAGCAUUUCAACACCUCCCAAGUCCCAGUAGACAUAGCCCUCAUGACUUCAGUGAAUCUUCAUAUCAGUUUCAGAUAUAUUCAAUAAGUUGAGUUUCUUACAUCGCGAUUCCUUAAGGAGAAAUUAGCCAUGCCAUUACUUACUCUGUUGUUACAGAGGAAGUUAUUUAUUUAUUCUUUUUGUGUUUGUUUUGCCUUUUUAAACUGCACAAAUCAACCUUAUUGUCAUUUCACUGGCCUUAUAUUGUAUUUAAUUUCUAGAAAAGUCUUACUAUGAAACAUGCAGAUACAGUGAACUUAGGGAAGACUGCACUGUGUUUUUACUAGAGCUGGGUGAUACAGACAGCAAAUUAAAUGUUGAUUUUUUAUUCAGUGUUAAUGGGGGAUUUGUGAUUUUAAUGAUUUCUACAUGAAAUCAAGGGCUCAAAAGUAGUUUUCUUUAUUAAAUAUAUGAAAUAUCAACAAACAAUAAUAAAACAGAGCCCUCAUAAGGGAGUCAGUAUGGAUUACAGCACUGUGUAAAAGUCUAAAGCUGCUAUUAGGUUGAUUUUAGCAAAGUAAUAAUGAUCAUACUCAUGCUUUUCUCAAUCUCUGCAUUAAAAUACAACUAAAAAAAUGUGCAAACAUUAAAAAAAAACAAAAAACAAAACAAAACUGCAGAAUCAGAAAAAAAAUAUAGCUCAAUUACCUGGACAAAGAAAAAAUAAAACAGAUAAAAUAUAAAGAAGGAAGCAUGACAUAAUAUACUACAACACAAUGACUUAUCUUUUUGUGUGUGUUUAAUAUUGAGCACAUACUUUCCUCGUUCAUGCAUUCUAUACAAUACAAUGAUUAUUUAGGGUUAGAACAUGACAAAUAUUUCUGAAGUCUAGAGGUAGAGAAUUUACAGUAUUUAUAAUGAAAUACAAUUUGAUUUUAUUUUUUUUUUCAAUAAACUGAAAACUAAUUCAUUAUGUAAGUCUAGAUGACUGUAAACAGAAUUAACCUUAAAGACAAAGUGUAAUGGUUUAUUGCAAUGAUGUUUAUCACAAGAUACAGUUAUAGUUUUAUAGUCCAGCCUCAAUUACAAUGAAUUCACUGUGUCCCAGUACUUCUAUCCAUACAGUCUACGUAUGUUCUUUUUCAACCAUGCAAAUUUACAAUUAAUGACAAAUAAAGGUGAUCUAGGACUUUUGCACAGUACUGUAUUUGUUAAGAAUAAAGCGUGACGGGUAGGAAAUGACUGGAGAACCACAUCCACAAUGAAAAAGAAAAAAAAAACAGGGUUUUCAAUAUUUGUUGAGCAAGAUUACAAUUACAUUCAUUAAAAAUCAACAGCGCAGUUAUGUUUAUUAAAUGGCUAUAUCGCCCAGCCCUAGUUUUUGCUGAAUUUAUUUGGAUGAGAUAAUUGAACCCUUUGCGUGACUGGUUACAGUAGAAAGUACAGUAUGUUUUGGUAGUAACAUACAUGUGUACACAGUGUUUUAAGGAAAAAAAACUAUAGGAGAUAGAUAGAAUCUAAGCUGUUUUUUAUCAUCUGAGCCAUUUUAAUGUUUUAAUAAGCCAGCAAUAAGCAGCCAAAAGCAAUAUUGCUACUUUGUUUGUUCUAUCAUAUCGUACUGUAUUUGAGUAUUAUCAUUCUCUUCAGUUGUAUGGUUUACAGUUACAUAUGAAUGAAUUUCUGCUACCUCGCAUCAACACUGUAUGGUACGACACACACAUCCACUCUACUUGGUACAGUGUCUGCAUUAAGUAGCACGUACACUCAUUCACAUUAAAUGAUUGGUUAUGCUGUUGGUUGGCAACAGAAACACAAACACCAUAUGUUACCCAAGUGACGACAUAGGUUUGCAGAUACUGGAUUUGUUCAGUAAUAUAUUAAACAUAGUUACUCACUGGUUUUCAGCGUAGACUGAUUGAAUCUCAGCCUUACACACUGCAUGGUGCCAUCACGAAGAAUCAGAUUAAUCAAUACAAAUGUUCUGUACAAAACUUGAACGACCAAUGUCAGUGGAACAUUGCAGUUUCUGUUUGACUUUGUCUUUUAUGCUGAAAAAUAUUAAAUGCACAGUAACAUGUACUCAAAAAUAUAACUGUCAUUGGUACUGUAUACUAUAUAAAGUAGUUUCUCUGGGCUUAAAAUAUGAAUGAAACAGCAGCACAGAAUGUUUUUUCCACUUUGCUUCAUGAGAAUUUCCUUCAUGUAGGAGAAUGUAAUGGAAAUGUAAUCUUAUAGUUGUUAAAUGCAUUGAUGGGGGAAAGAACAACGGUGAUAUCUUCAGCACAUUUAGCUAUAUUGCAACAGGCCACUUUUCAUCCACGUAACAAAUAAAGGGAAGUCAUCCUACUUGUUAUUAGUUAUUAAUUGGUUCAUCCAUGUAUCCAGGAUCUGUCUUGUUCUGACUUGUAGACCACUCUUUGCAAAGCACAUCUCUUGUCUCUCAGCUACUGUGUUGCCUGAGAUUUGCACAAAAAAAAAAUAAAGCCGCUGAGUGAAA